CAUCUAGUACACGAAUUGUUUUAUUUGGCAUGGCCUUGACACCGGAGUUGCAGUGGUCAGUCCCUUCUGCGAUUGAUGGGCUCAAUCAAGGCCAGAGGAAGAUUUUGUUUGCCGCAUUCAAGAAAAAGCUUGUUAGAGAGGCUAAGGUCUCUUGGCUCGCUGGAUAUGCUGUGGAACAAGCAGCAUACAACCAUGGUCAGCAGAGUGCCGAGGAUACAAUAAUCAGCAUGGCUCAUGAUUUCGUGGGCAGUAACAACUUAAACCUCUUGAUGCCCCUUGGUCUAUUUGGUAGUAGGUAUCAGGGAGGCCUGGAUAAUGCUGACGGUUGUGACUUGUUUACAUGUUUAUCCCUUGUGACACGCCUUCUGUUCCCUGAGGCGGAUGAUAUUUUGCUUAACAAUUUGGAAGAAUCUGGACGCUCUGUUGAACCCAUAUGGUACUGCUCUCAGAACAUUAAUAUUUGA